AUGGCGCUUCAGCCUACCCAGGCCACGCCCACACCCGCACCAUCCUCUCCCCCAAUCAAGCCUACUAGAUCUCCGAGCCGCCAGUCCCAGCUCAGCGGGGACUCGGCAGAGCGUAAGACCCUCCAGCAAGAUGCGAUCAAGAGAGAGCCUGAUGGGCCCUCGUCGCUCCAGACUGAGAACUUGGUCACGCCUGAGAACCCGCUUUCGCACAAGAAAGGUCCACGCGAAGGCCCCCAACCCAAGGACAAAGAGCCCGCUGGCCCCAAGUCACCCAAGACACUGUCUAUCCGCGAGGCACGCGCGCGCGACAGCAUAGACCUGACCCAGAAGCGAUGGAGUCCUCAGUCCGGCGUCGUUAUCGAGGGCUUGGACGUCAACAAGAAACCGGAUAAGGCCGCCCAUGCGGCAGACACGCCUGAGCCUUUGACAAACACGCGCGAACUGAGCAGGGCCUCGCUUGAGCCGCCCGACGACACGCGGCGCAAGAGUGGCCGAGCGCGCACCCAGCCCGGAUACGUUCACUCGACGCGCUCGCCGCCGUCGAGUGUCAAGGGUCCUUUGGAGGGUAUUGAGGAGCAGUACCGUGCGAUUGCGGCGGCCCAUAUGGCAGCUACAGAGUCCCAACGGACGUCAACUCGCCUGUCCGCCGCAAGCCCGCCCAUAACCCCCGCCCUAAGCUUCAAGGCCGCCAGCAUCCCUGAGGUAUUUAUGCGGCCAAUGUCGCGACCACCGCCUCCGCCGCCCAUCCAGCCCUCCUUCCGCCAGUUUUACAGCCUCAUCCCUAUCGGCCCACGUCUCGGGUACCUCCUCCCCGCCAUCAUGGCCAGUCUCGUAGCCGCGGCGGUCCAACCUUUCAUCUCGACUGUGAUCGGGAGUGCUUUUGGUGCACUCGCCGCAUUCCCGCCUUAUCAGGCCGCGACGCAUGAGCAGAAAGUGACGCUCCUCCGCGUCGUCGGCACGGCGAGCCUGAAGCUCGUCGGCGCCGGGGGAGUGUUCGCGCUGAGCGAGUAUGGUGUGUUUGUGGGCUGGACGUACUUCGGAGAGACGUCAACGGCGUAUCUCCGGAGGCGGGUGUAUGACGGCGUGAGAUCCAAGUCCAUGGCAUGGUACGACACUGGGAUGGGGACGGCGGAAGCGGCUGGUGGGGAUGCGGUGGGCUCUGGCGGGUUGAUGGGCAAGUUUGCGCGCGAGACGGACGACGUGCGAAUCGCCUCGAGCCUCUCGACCGGCCUUCUCGUGCAGAACAUAGCUAGCUUCAUCGCAUGCUUCGUCCUGGGACUCAUCAAGCUUCCCACUCUCGCCAUCGUCACCCUGUCUUCCCUUCCCUUCCUGGCAGCGCUGAACGCCCUCACCGAGCGCUCGGCGAACAAGAGCCAAACGACGGAGCGGCGUGCGUUCGCUGAGGCCGCCACCACCGCCGAACGCACGGCCGCAGCCAUCGCAACCGUCAAAGCGCACAACGCCCAGUCAGCCGAAGUCGCCCGGUUUAAUACCCUCGUCGUGAAAGCCAAGGGGCAACUCGUACGCCAGGCGCUCGUAUGGGCUCAAUGCAUGGGUCUCAACGACUUUCUCGUCAUGCUCAUGUUCAUCGUCGGAUUCUGGUAUGGUGCGAUCCUCGUGAACAAAGGCAAGGCGACGGUGGCCGACGUCAUGACCGUCUUCUUCUCGUGCCUUCUAGGAGCAGCGGCGCUGCAAACUGCACCACCCCAGCUCAUGAUCGUCAACAAGGGCAAGGCGUCCCUCGCGUCCCUCCUCACCGUCAUUCAGGAGGUGGACGAGGAGCGGCCCGCCGCCCGCAAAGUUGUCCGCCUCAAGGGCGAGUUCGAGUUCAAGUCUCUCUUCUUCGCAUACCCCUCCCGGCCGCGGCAGCUCGUGUUGCGCGGCGUAGACCUCUUCCUCCCCUGUGGCGAGUUGACGUUCAUCGUCGGCGGCAGCGGGAGUGGGAAGAGCACCAUCGCCCACCUCCUCCUCCGCCUGUACUCCCCUUCCCCGGGGGCAGGCGAGAUCAACCUCGACGAACAUCCGUUAAGCUCCUACGACCCGAAGUUUACAAACGGACAUAUCGCCGCCGUGUCCCAGGGCUGCCUGAUUUUCGACAUGAGUGUGCACGACAACGUCGCAAUGGGUGUUCUGGGCGCCGAUGCGAGCACGUACGGCCGGACUCGCAAGCUCGAGGACGUGACACGCGACGAGGUGGUCGACGCAUGCCGUAUGGCGCUCAUCCAUGAAUUCAUCGAGACCCUGCCGAAGGGCUACGACACGAUGUUGGGUAACGGUGGCAACGCUCUCAGCGGUGGACAGAAACAACGCCUGGCGAUCGCGCGUGCCCGGAUCCGUGACCCUGCCGUGUUGAUCCUCGAUGAAGCGACGGCGGCCCUAGACGCAACCUCACGCGUUGAAGUGUUCGAGGCCGUGCGCGCCUGGCGGAAGGACAGCACCACCAUCGUGAUCACGCACGACCUCUCCCAGAUCAAAGACAAUGACUUCUUGUACGUCAUGCAGGACGGGAGCGUCGUGCAGCAGGGCUUCCGCAGAGACCUGACACACGGCGUGUUCGCCGCCAUGGCGGCUGAGCAGAGUGUCGCCCCUCUACUCCCCAAGCUUGAUUUUAGCUGGCGUGCCGCCGAGAUCGAUGAAGACGAGGAGGAGGAGGAGGACCUCGACGAACUCGCCCGUAUCCACACAACAACGUUGAGGAUGAGCUUGCUCCCCCUUCCGAGGAGACAUUCUGUCGUCGGCACUCGGCCGCGGAGUAUGUCACUCGGCCGUCCCAGAACCGGUAGCCUGAACAAGGCGCCCGAGCGCUGGAGGGCGAGUAUCCACAGUUUCUCCCAGGUGACGAAGACAGGUAGCCACACCUCGAUUCCCACCAAGCUGCGACCCUCGAUAGACCGUCGCUCCGUCGACUGCCGUAGCAUCGACCUCCGCUCCUCGGCAGACAAAGAGACCUUUGAGCAAGUCGAAGACAAGGACAUUUCCCACCCCGAGCACCGCCCCUCAGUAGCCUGGCAGGACACUGACGAGCUAAAAGUCUACGGCUUCUUCCGUCUCAUGUGGCGAUUCCUCCCCACUCUUCCGCACAAAGGCAUCCUCCUCUUCGGCACAAUCACCAGUAUCGCGCGCGGCAUUGCUACUCCCAUCUGGUCCUUUUUCCUCGCCCAACUCAUGGCUCUCCUAGGUACAGGGUCAAACGGGGAGGUCGCGAAGAAGUCGGCCAUUCUAAUCGCCAUCAUUGUGGGCCAAGGCCUAGCCGUAUUCGGACAGCAUGCCUCUUUAGCCAGCCUCGGGGCUAUAUGGACUGCGCGCCUGCGGUCGCAAAGCUACGCCGUGGUAUUGGCUCAGGACAAGGGAUGGUUCGACCGGGACGAAAACAACCCUUCCCGAAUCGUGCAGGGCUUGAUCAAGGACGUCGACGACAUGCGCCACCUCGUGGCUACCGUUCUUCCACGCACCAUCGUGGCGGUGUGCAUGGUCGCUCUUGGGUUUACUUGGGCCAUGGUCGUUGGGUGGCAGCUCACACUCGUUGGACUAGGUCUGUUUCCCUUGUUCGGCGUGAUCGGCUUCGUGAGCAGCACCAUGUUCAGCCGCGCCGAGGUGUAUAAUAAGGCGCGACGCGAGGCCGUCUCGCGCCUCUUCUUCGAGGCCGUCGCCAACGUCCGCGGCAUCCGCGCCAUGGCCCUAGAACAGAGCUUCACCCAACGCUUCAUGUCCGAAUCCGCCGAAGCCCGGACACACGCCCAACGCGCAAUCUGGUCAACCGCCCUCGGCUCAGCCUUCAACUGCGCCAUGCCCCUCUUUGCACAGGCCCUCCUAAAUUACGUCGGAGCAAUCUUCCUCCGUAAUGGAACAAUGGACCUAGCGGCCAUGCUCAAAGUCUACGCCCUCGUCCUCUUCAGCGUAACGUUCGCCGUCUCCCUCUUAGGGUUCAUGCCACUCCUUAUCAAGGCCAAGGUCGCCGCCGCAGACUUUGAGCGCUUCCGCACCCUUUCGCCCACGACCUCCGAGUCAAUUGGGACCGCAAAAUUUCCCAUCUCCGGCGACAUUUCUUUCCAGAAUGUCCUGUUCCGAUAUCCCACCCGCCCUGACACCGUGUUCACAGACCUCUCCCUCACUCUCACUUCCGGCGAGGCUGUCGCUAUCGUUGGUCCAAGUGGAGCGGGAAAGAGCACGAUUGCCGCCCUGCUGCAACGCCUCUACUUUCCCACCGCCGGAGCUAUCAAGUUGGGCAACUACGACCUCUCUACGGCCGACAUUAAGACCGUGCGCGAAGGGAUCGCCAUCGUUUCGCAGACGCCACAUCUCUUCGACGCUAGCGUGGCUGAUAAUAUCCGCUAUGGCGGGUCGGCGCCUCUUGAGGAAGUCAUGGCUGCAGCAAAGGUGGCGCGGAUCCACGACUUUGUCGCUGGUCUGCCACAGGGAUACGAGACAAAGCUUGGAGAGAACGCGGCCUUGAUUAGUGGCGGACAGGCGCAGCGACUGCAGAUCGCGCGUGCAAUGCUUCGCCACGCCAAGGUCCUCAUCCUGGACGAGGCCACCAGCGCUCUGGAUGUCGAGAACCAGGCUGGUAUCCUCGACACCCUCCUCGCCCUCAAGAAGUACCACACGACCAUCUUCAUCACCCACUCGGUGGACGUGAUGCGCCGGUGUGAUCGCAUCAUCUGUCUCGGUGACGGACGGGUCGCCGAGGACGGGACGUAUGCUGGCCUCAUUGCGAGCGGGGGAGAGUUUGCCCAACUGCUCAAGACUGGCGAAUGGCAGUAG